AUGACUGCGGACAGUGUGUGACCUUGUGUGCAGGCGUUCCUUGCGAUGCAACCUGUUCGGGACCAGGUUCCGGACUCGCCUCGCCCUUCAUCUGCUCUCCCAUGGUCGUCUUUCUGGGCGUCGUAGGAAGCAGAGUUCUGAUAGCUUCCCGCGUGGUUUACAUGGCCUUGUGUAUCCCUGGUCGGUCCGCAACGUCGCACUAACCGCCGAAAGAGAGCGCAAAUCUCACAGCGCUUCCUCACCUUGAACCCUUGCCUGAUCUCAUCCACUGCCUAACUAAGUGCGCUUAUGUAGCGCCUGUGAGUCAGCGGCCUCAAGACUGUCGGGCCUGCCCAUCAAAGCAAGCUUGCAGGCUGGGCCGCCUCGCCACCAACAUCUGAAACCUCAUACUAUUAAGAAUAUCUGCCGAAUACUUUAUUUCUAGCCAAGUAGCACAUGUGACACCCACUCCACUGAAAGCGCGGCAGACUUUCGGCUGCUCGAGAUACUUUUCCGACCCUCCCAGCCCUCUUUGAUUUUCCAUUUUUAUGUACGCUAAUGCUAAGGAAUCCGUGAACUAAAGAGCAAUAGGCGUGCGCACCGCUGGGACUGACGUCUUUGCUGAAUGGACUUCUCACAGCCAUUUUCUAGGCGGCGACACAGCUUUAGUUCCUCCGAAGACCUUGGCAUACUAGCUCAGGUGUCGCAGCGUAGCAGCCGCAUACGAGGAUACGCACGUGAAGCCUGACGGAGGAAGCGCGGGAGCUUCGCUGAGUCGGGGCGCCCGUCGCCCGAUCACCUGACAUCAGCGGUCCCUUACGCGCGGCCUCCGGGCUGAGGAUGAGCCGGCCGGGCACGUGACAAGCCGGCGCGCGCACGACGAGGCGGAUGCGGACGCUGUCGCUGUCGGGAAUCGUGAUGGCGGGUCAGAGGGCAGUGCGGGGCCCUUCGCUGGAGCCUUCACCUGCUGCUGGCAAGACCAGGAGGCAGAAGGUGGCGGCGGCGGCGUUGGACUGCUGGGGUGCAGCAGGCUUGGAACCGGGCACGCAGGAGGAGGACGGGCGCCCGUCCUCCUCCUCCUCCUCCAGCGGCCCCGCGCUGCCUGCUACCUCCACCACACUACCCACCCCCUGCGUGCCCGGUACCCCGCCGGGGGUCGUCGCCGCCGCCGCCGUGCCCUGCCGGAUGGUGGCACCCGUCGCCACUGCCGCUGCCGGCGGCGCGCUGGCGCCCAAGCUCGUGCCCUUCAUGCCUCCGCCGCCGCCCAUCGCGCCAGUGCACCAGCACCAGCACCGCCAGCACCAGGACCAGCACCAGCAGGCGGGGCCGCGGUACGUGGCGCGGCCGGCGGUGCAACCGAUGAUGGGGCCGCCUGUGGUUCAGGCUACCGCUGGCGCCGCGGCCGUGGCGGCGCCGCGGCUGCUCGUGGGGGCUCCGGUUAAGCUCCUGAUGGCGCCUCAGCUGCUUCAGCAGCAGCAGCACAUCCAGCUGUGGGAGCGCGUCAAGAAGGUGGGCAUGGCCCCGGGCGCCCGCGCCUCCUUCGCACUGUCAGCGCACGCGCACCCCAAGGCGGGGCCGCGCGCCUUUGUGUUCGGUGGCGUGUCGGACAAUGAGGCCAAGGGCGGCGAGGACUUGUCGUCCGAGUUUCACAUCGACCUGUACAAAUUUAACUUUGAGCGCCGCCGCUGGUUCGCCGCUGAGCUGCGGCCGCCUGCGGACGCCAAGGGCAAGAAGGCUGGAAUAGCGGAUGCGGAGGCGGGGAAGACGCGGCCGCAGCUGCUGCUGCCGACGGCGGGCAAGCUGGCGGCCAUGACCUCAGACAAGAACAGCGCCCUGUACCGUGCGGCGGUCAAGAUCCAGGCCAGCUACCGCGGCUACAAGGUUCGCAAGGCCUACAUCGCCACCCGCAUUGGCGGUGUGGUGUCUGAGCUGCUGUACAGCCCCGCCACCUUCGGCCUGGACCUGUCCAGCCUCAACAUGCCCAAGCCCAGGGCGCGCAUCGGGGCGCUGAUGGCGGUGGUGGACCUGCCGGCCGUCGUGCACUGUCUUCUGGACGGCGGCGGCAGUGGCGAGGGGCGGCAGCGGCCCUCCAUGCGGCGGGCUCCUGAUGAGCCAGCAGUCGUAGCAGCAACAGCGACGGUGGUGGCGGCGGCGGCGUUGGACUGCUGGGGUGCAGCAGGCUUGGAACCGGGCACGCAGGAGGCACCUUUGGGCCGCGGCGCCGUUGCUGUGUGCGACCUGGUGCGCGACCUGUACAGCACCUUCCGCAACUUCAGGUCGCGCAUGCACGACUUCCUCAGGUUCCGCCAGGACCUGUCGGCCGUCGUGCACUGUCUUCUCGACUGCGGCGGCAGCGGCGAGUUGGAUGUGCGGCUGCUGCUGAAGCAGCUGAGGUGUUAUCAGGGGCUUGACCGGAGCCCCCACGGCGCCGCGGCUGCUCGUGGGGGCUUCGGUCAAGCUCCUGAUGGCGCCUCAGCUGCUUCAGCAGCAGCAGCACAACAUCCAGCUGGUCAUGUUGAGUGGGAGCGCGUCAAAAAGGUGGGCAUGGCCCCGGGCGCCCGCGCCUCCUUCGCACUGUCAGCGCACGCGCACCCCAAGGCGGGGCCGCGCGCCUUUGUGUUCGGUGGCGUGUCGGACAAUGAGGUCAAGGGCGGCGAGGACUUGUCGUCCGAGUUCCACAACGACCUGUACACAAUUAACUUUGGGCGCCGCCGCUGGUUCGCCGCGGAGCUGCGGCCGCCUGCGGACGCAAAGGGCAAGAAGGCUGGAAUAGCGGAUGCGGAGGCGGGGAAGACGCGGCCGCAGCUGCUGCUGCCGACGGCGGGCAAGCUGGGGGCCAUGACCUCAGACAAGAACAGCGCCCUGUACCGUGCGGCGGUCAAGAUCCAGGCCAGCUACCGCGGCUACAAGGUUCGCAUGGCCUACAUCGCCACCCGCAUUGGCGGUGUGGUGUCUGAGCUGCUGUACAGCCCCGCCACCUUCGGCCUGGACCUGUCCAGCCUCAACAUGCCCAAGCCCAGGGCGCGCAUCGGGGCGCUGAUGGCGGUGGUGGCUAAUGCGCUGUGGCUGCUGUGCGACAUCGUGGAGAUCGGCUCCAAGGAGGUCACGCUGGACGACAUGUGGUGCCUGGACGCAUUGGAGCUGGACGGCUGGCAGCUGAUCCGUGAGAACACGGUGGGCGAGGAGCCGCUGCAGAGGGCGGCGGAGGACAGCGAGUCGGAGUGGGAGGAGGUCAGCGGGGACGAGGACGGCAGCGAUGACAGCGACGACAGCGCGGAGGAGCGCGAGAAGGCCAAGAUGAAGUCGGGGCGAGCAAGAAGUAGUUGAGGUGGUUGGUGUGGUGGAUGUGGGUAUGGAGGAGAGCAAAGCUGUUUGGUGCAGGCGCAGGAACGACCGAACUGGCAGGACUGGUAUAUCCGUAUAUGGCAGGACUGUGGGCGCAGGUGCAGGUCCAUGUGGUGAGGCGGAUGGUGCAGGCGUGUGGGCUCGGAGCCACGGCUCCACCGGCUUUCCAGUGGUGACGGUUUGGUUGCCGCAUUGCCCAGGAAGCGCUGGUAGCUGCGAAAUGAGGGAGCGAUUCCACCUGGUCGAACAUUGGGCGUGGGCACAGAGGCCCACCAUGCGGUCCACUCCCGCACCUGCACUCAAAUCAGCAUAGACGUCACCAUCCUGUAAACGGAUUGCGCC